CGGCUGCGGGGUAAGGCGGCGGCGGCGAGGAUUGGCCUGUGGCCGCUUGCGACAAAGGUGGCAUCGCAGGCUGCUGUCAGGUGAUGGUGGCCGGCGGGCCAUGCUGCUGAAGCUCCUGCAGAGACAGACCUAUACCUGCCUGUCCCACAGGUAUGGGCCCUGCCUUUGCCUCGGAGGCAUCGUCCUCAUGAUCGUCUCCGCCCUGCAGUUCGGAGAGGUUGUCCUUGAGUGGAGCCGAGACCAGUAUCAUGUUUUGUUUGACUCAUAUAGAGACAACGUUGCUGGGAAAUCAUUUCAGAACAGGCUUUGCUUGCCAAUGCCUAUUGAUGUGGUGUACACCUGGGUGAAUGGCACAGAUGUUGAGCUCAUCAGGGAACUACAACAAGUGAGGAAACAGAUGGAGGAAGAACAGAGAAUAAUGAGGGAAAUUCUUGGAAAGAACACAACAGAGCCAACAAAGAAGAGUGAGAAGCAACUGGAGUGUUUACUGACGCACUGCAUCAAAGUGCCUAUGCUAGUCUUCGACCCUGCUUUGCCGAACAACAUCACUCUCAAGGACCUGCCAACUGUCCAUCCCCCACUGCGGUCAGCCAGCAAUAUCUUUCCUGUUGCAAAGCCAAAAAACCCUUCUACCAAUGUUACUGUGGUUGUUUUUGGCGAUGCUAAAGAAGCUGAAGAGGCCCAUACUGAGAUGUUAAAGGAGAACAACAGGCAAGCAGUGUGGAGAGGUUAUUUGACUACAGACAAAGAAGUUCCUGGUUUAGUGCUAAUGCAAGACUUGGUUUUUCUCAAAGGAUUUCCACUGACAUUCAAGGAGACUAGUCAAUUAAGAACAAAACUGCCUGAAAACCUUGCUUCCAAGAUAAAGCAGUUGCAGCUUUAUUCGGAAGCUGGCGUAGCCCUCUUGCAAUUGAAUGACCCUAAAGUGUUCCAAGAGCUGAACAAGCAGGCUAAGAAGAACAUGACUAUAGAAGGCAAAGAACUGACACUUAAUCCUGCCUAUUUAUUAUGGGAUCUCAGUGCCAUCAGCCAGUCUAAACAGGAUGAAGAUAUUUCAGCCAGCCGUUUUGAAGAUAAUGAAGAGCUGCGAUAUUCACUGCGCUCGAUAGAGAGGCAUGCACCGUGGGUGCGGCACAUCUUCAUUGUCACAAAUGGACAGAUUCCUUCCUGGCUUAAUUUGGAUAACCCUCGGAUAUCUAUAGUAACACAUCAGGAUAUAUUUCGGAAUGUGAGUCACCUGCCCACCUUUAGUUCCCCUGCCAUUGAAAGCCAUAUUCACCGCAUUGCAGGCCUGUCCCAGAAGUUCAUUUAUUUAAAUGAUGAUGUGAUGUUUGGGAAAGAUGUUUGGCCUGAUGAUUUCUAUAGUCACUCCAAAGGUCAAAAGGUUUAUCUGACUUGGCCUGUGCCAAACUGUGCUGAAGGAUGUCCUGGUUCUUGGAUUAAAGAUGGCUACUGUGAUAAAGCCUGCAACAACUCUGCAUGUGAUUGGGAUGGAGGUGAUUGCCUUGGUAGCAGUUUGGGUAGCCGUUAUGGUGCUGGUGGUGCAGCUGGUGUAGGUGUUGGGAAUGCUCCACCCUGGCAAUUUGGUGCAGGAAUAAGUGGUGUCUCUUACUGCAAUCAGGGCUGUGCAAAUUCAUGGCUUGCUGACAAAUUUUGUGACCAGGCAUGCAAUGUUCUUUCUUGUGGAUUUGAUGCUGGUGACUGUGGACAAGAUCACUUUGGUGAGCUGUACAAAGUGACUCUUCAAAAGAAUCAGACUCAUUAUGUCCUUCCAAAAGGCGAAUAUCUACCUUAUUUCAGCUUUUCUGAAAUAGCCAAGAAAGGACUUGAGGGUGCAUAUAGUGAUAACCCAAUAAUCCGCCAUGCUUCCAUUGCUAACAAAUGGAAGACAAUUCAUCUGAUAAUGCACAGUGGGAUGAAUGCAACUGUGAUUCAUUUUAAUCUUACAUUCCAAAGUAAAGAUGACCAGGAGUUUAAGAUGCAGGUAACCCUAGAGGUUGAUACAAGAGAGGAACCAAAAACAAAUACAACUUCCACCCAGAAACCAGAGGAUGAUGUCAAAGCUACAACUUCAGUACCAGAAGCUGAAAUGAUAUUUGAGGAUAUUCCUGAAGAAAAACGCUUUCCAAAAAUUAGAAAACGCUCAAACGACACAACUGAUAAUUGGGAAGAAAACAUAGUAAUUGGAGCUGUUAACAUGUCUACCCUUCCAGAGGAUGUGAAGGUAGCUCUGCAGAACCUAGAUUUGCAGCUAAUGAUUGGUGACAUUACUCAGAAAGGGUACAAUCUGUCUAGGGUUGCACUCCUGAGACCUUUUGAAAUGGUGCCUGCAGCAACAAAGGCAGCAAUAAGCAACUCCCAAAAAAUCAAGAAAAAUGAAGUACAUGAUGGCACCAUUAAUGGGAAGAAGGUCCAUGAUGACAAAAAAGAAGUUGAAAUGCAGAAGACAGUUCCCCUGGGUUUUGCAACUACUCUUGUGCCAAUGAAGGUCAACAGUCAUUUCCCAGUAAGGCACAACUCUACAACAAAACCUAUAUCUGCAUAUUUAAGCCAGAAUACAGGUGAAAAGUAUGCAUCUCCAGAGAAAACCCUGAAUGCCCUCAGGCCAAAAGAAUCUCAAAAGUCAAAAGGAAUUCAAGAAGGAAAAAGAACAGAAAAGAAGGAAGAAGAUGCAGAUGCAAAUCCAGCACAAGGCAAAGAAGAUACAGCAGGAGGGCCAGCCUUACAAAGAAGAAAAUUGCAGUAUUACACUGGAAAUUACCAAGGCUUUUUGCCAUGGGAGAAACAUAAAUAUUUCCAAGAUCUUCUUGAUGAAGAAGAAGCAUUAAAGAAAGAGAUUGCUUACUUUACAAAUAGUAAAUUAACCAGAAGGCAGCUGAAAGAUACAUUUGCUGAUUCUCUCAGAUAUGUUAAUAAGCUUUUAAACAGCAAAUUUGGAUUCACAUCUCGGAAAGUUCCUGCUCAUAUGCCUCACAUGAUUGAUCGAAAAGUCAUGCAAGAAUUGCAGGAUCUAUUUCCUGAGGAAUUUGACAAGACCUCCUUUCACAAAGUGCGCCACUCGGAAGAUAUGCAGUUUGCCUUUUCAUAUUUCUAUUAUCUCAUGAGUGCAGUUCAGCCACUGAAUAUCUCUCAGGUUUUUGAUGAAGCUGAUACAGAUCAGUCUGGAAUUUUAUCUGACCGAGAGAUUCGUACACUGGCCACAAGAAUUCAUGAACUCCCUUUAAGCUUGCAGGAUUUGACAGGUUUGGAGCAAAUGUUAAUAAAUUGUUCUAAAUCCCUUCCAGUCAACAUCACGCAAAUUAAUAUCAUACCACCAACUCAGGAAGCAUAUUAUGAUCCCAAUCUGCCUCCUGUGACUAAAAAUCUGCUAACCAACUGCAAGCUUGUGACUGACAGAAUUCGUAAAGCUUAUAAGGACAAAAACAAAUACAGGUUUGAGACUAUGGGAGAGGAGGAAGUUGCCUUCAAAAUGAUCCGUACCAAUGUUUCCCAUGUAGUUGGACAGCUUGAUGACAUACGCAAAAAUCCCAGAAAAUUUGUUUGUCUCAAUGACAAUAUUGAUCACAACCAUAAGGAUGCUCAGACGGUAAAGGCAGUGCUUAGGGAUUUUUACGAAUCAAUGUUUCCCAUCCCUUCCCAAUUUGAGCUGCCAAGAGAAUACCGGAACCGUUUCCUUCAUACACAGGAGCUUCAGGAAUGGAGAGCCUACAGAGACAAAUUGAAAUUUUGGACACAUUGUGUGUUAGUUACAUUAAUUGUGUUCACUGUCACCUCAUUUUUUGCUGAGCAGUUAAUAGCUCUCAAACGGAAAAUUUUUCCAAGGAGGAGGAUUCAAAGAGAAGUCUGUCAUGAACGAAUGAAGGUGUAGAAGAAUUUUGUUUGUAAAUCAGUCUACCUCAACAUGUGAUGAGCAUGUAAAAUCUUUUGGUUCAGAAGUGUCUUGAUUGUUGUGUCCUGGGCAUGAACAAAAAUGCCUCCAUCCAUUAUAGCCUUUGUGACCGUGUAUGAUUCAUGCUACUGAACUUAGAAUGAGGGAGGAGUGGGUUUGUGGCCAGCAUUAACUCCUGAGUGCAUUAUCCUUUUUAUAAAAAGGGUUACUGAAAGCAACAUAGCUGCAUUUAUUGCAGUAGUCAUUGCCAACAAAAUAUAAUGUUGGAAAGUUGUUUCUGUUAGAAAUGUCUCUGAGCUUUCAUCCCAAUAUGUUUAAUGAGUUAUUAACCUUUCCGUCAGUAUGUUGCUCCUUUUAUCCUGCUAUUUGAACAAGAAAACCUUCUUGGAGCUAUAAACUUGCAUCCUAUGUGCAUGGAGAGCAAGAUGUGGAUCAUCUCCCAUAGCAGCCCAUGGUAUCUUUCCCUUCCACCAUUGCUUGAGGCUUGCUACUGCUAUGCCAUGUGUCCACUCCUGCAGUCAGUCAAUUCAUAUCAAUAUUUCGGGACUGUCAUGCUCAUUCUUCCUCAGACUCCUGUCUUAUAGGCUACUCUGGAGGAGUAUGAAGAAGUCACACACACAGGAUAAAUGCACUUCAUAUCCUUCUAGGGAAGUCCAAAUGGCCUUUCUUCUGUCUUGAAUUUCUGGUUUUUUGGAGUGCAACCACAAUACUAGCAGGGGAUACUUGUAAAAUAUACAUCUGGGAGCUGUUGUGUGUUUUGUUCUUCAAGCACAAAGAUGCAGUGUUGCAGCCUUAGAAUCUCUCCCCUUGCCCCCCCCCCCCCAGUUUAAUCACCGUCUAGACUUCAUAAAUUUAAGCAUAGUAUGGAUUAUAUGGUAGGGUGUUCUCUGAAUGGAGGUUUAAAUGAUAAUACGCUAACACUAUAUUCUGCUAGUAGAUGCGAAAUUACAUAAAGAAAAUUGAUUCCAAUCUCUUUUGCCAAUGUAAUGUCUUUACUGAUUAUAAUGUAAAUUCCUGCCCAAUAACUGUAUGCCUAAUUAAAAGCGUUGGGCUCUAAUUAUGUAAAAGGGACUUGGAUGUAAUUAUUGUUUAUAAGAACAUUGUAUAUUUAGCAGCAAAAGUGCCUCGCCAGAAAAGUUGUCAACACAUUAUAUUGUUUUAAUGGGAUGAAUGUUGGCAUGAUACAGCAAGUUGUCAUAUCAAGCAAUUAUUAUUCAAAAAAAUAGGGAUGAGCUCUGGUGAUCUGUUAUUUUGUUGACAUAUCUCAAACUAGUAAAAGAAAAAAGGACACUUUUCAAGCUGAUAUUUUUGAAAGAAAUACUUUAAUCAUAUUAGCGACUUUAGAAGAGUUUAGAUUGCGUCAAUUAUUUUAUAAUGAAAAUAGGAGAUUUUCAGUGUGCUGUAAAAUGUAUGCUUUUAAUAAUGUUAUUGAUUGAAAAUGUCAUACUCUGUGCGACUCAAAGAAAAAAACAUGAUCACUUGUAUAAUACUCUGAUGGGGUUAAAUAUUUUUUAAUCAAAAAGGCACCUUAUUCCUAAUCCAGUGCAUACACCUAAUUUUAACUUAAAUAAAUUGAGUCCAACUUGUUUAAAA